CCUCCUCUGGUGGUGGCGCCGGGUUGCAGUCCCGGCGCUGGCGGUUUCGGUACCCGAAGCCGGGAGCGCAGAGUCGUUCCCGGAGCGGCGGCCAGGCUAUGAUCCCCGGCUCCUGGCGUCCUGCGCCGGCCAACCAGAGUCCCUGUCUCAGCCAGUUCCAGCGUUCGCGCGGUCUCAGCCCGGCCUCGCAGCGCGGUUGGCGGCGGCGCCCCUGGCGCGCCCCCUCCUCUGAUGGCGGCGGAGAUCCAGCCCAAGCCUCUGACCCGAAAGCCGAUCCUGCUGCAGCGGGUCGAGGGGUCUCAGGAGGUGGUGAACAUGGCCGUGAUCGUGCCCAAGGAGGAGGGCGUCAUCAGCGUCUCGGAGGACAGGACAGUUCGUGUUUGGUUAAAGAGAGACAGUGGACAAUAUUGGCCAAGCAUAUACCAUGCGAUGCCUUCUCCAUGUUCAUGCAUGUCUUUUAACCCGGAAACAAGAAGACUGUCCAUAGGUCUAGACAAUGGUACAAUCUCAGAGUUUAUCCUAUCAGAAGAUUAUAACAAGAUGACUCCUGUGAAAAACUAUCAAGCACAUCAGAGCAGAGUGACGAUGAUCCUGUUUGUUCUGGAGCUGGAAUGGGUGCUGAGCACGGGGCAGGACAAGCAGUUCGCCUGGCACUGCUCCGAGAGUGGGCAGCGACUAGGAGGUUAUCGCACCAGUGCUGUGGCCUCAGGCCUGCAAUUUGAUGUUGAAACCCGGCACGUGUUUAUUGGUGAUCACUCAGGCCAAGUAACCAUCCUCAAACUGGAGCAAGAAAACUGCACCCUGGUCACAACAUUCAGAGGACACACAGGUGGGGUGACUGCUCUGUGUUGGGACCCCGUUCAGCGAGUGCUGUUCUCGGGCAGCUCAGAUCACUCUGUUAUCAUGUGGGACAUCGGCGGGAGAAAAGGAACAGCCAUCGAGCUCCAAGGACACAAUGACAAAGUCCAGGCUCUCUCUUAUGCGCAGCACACGCGGCAGCUCAUCUCCUGUGGGGUUGACGGUGGGAUUGUCGUCUGGAACAUGGAUGUGGAGAGGCAGGAGACCCCUGAAUGGUUGGACAGUGAUUCCUGCCAAAAGUGUGAUCAGCCUUUUUUCUGGAACUUCAAGCAAAUGUGGGACAGUAAGAAAAUUGGCCUGAGACAGCACCACUGCCGCAAGUGCGGGAAGGCAGUCUGCGGCAAGUGCAGCUCCAAGCGCUCCUCCAUCCCUCUGAUGGGCUUCGAGUUUGAAGUGAGAGUCUGUGACAGCUGCCACGAGGCCAUCACAGAUGAAGAACGUGCGCCCACAGCGACUUUCCAUGACAGCAAGCACAACAUCGUGCAUGUGCAUUUCGAUGCAACCAGAGGAUGGUUACUGACUGCUGGGACUGACAAAGUUAUUAAGUUGUGGGACAUGACCCCUGUAGUGUCUUGAUCCUCCCAAGCAUCAGAAAGAUAGUAUUUACUCAAGAAUCUAUUGUUCUAAUCCAAACCAUUACUGGAGCUGAAAAGCAGACAUGCAAGAAGAGAGAAGAACCUCCCUGAGUUUGCAUAUUACCUACACAUACCGUGGUGAGCAGUCAGUAAGCACUUACGCGGGAACUCUUUCAACUUGUUCAUACAAUAUAAAAGAAGAUAUUUUUUUAACAAA